UUUUCCGGGAGGUGGAGGCUUUCGUAGAUCCACCGCCGCCGGCUCUAGUUCCCGGGAAGGGAGUCUUCUUUAGAUUUGCCUUCGCCGGCUUUAGUUUUGGAGAGCGGAGGCUAGCACAGCUCCGCGCUUCCACUUAGGAUCCCGCGGUUCUUUGGGAAAAGUUUUCUAGUUUAGUUUUGUUUCAUGGUCGGCGCAGUUGUCGGUAAGUCUUGGGUGGGGUCACUGCGGAUGAGAUCUUGGUUGAAGACAAGGUUCUCCGGCGAGGUGAUGAUUCUCAAGGAAAGGAAGAGAUGGCUUCUUGAGUCGCGUGUCUUGGGUUUGAAGUAUGCUAAAGGCGGAGGAGAUCUCGAGGUUCGAUUGAUCUCUCCGGCGGGAUGACACGGCGGUGAAGAAUGGCUUUGCGUUUGUUUGGAGGCUUGUCUGGUUUCGAGCUCCGACGAACAAGGUGCUCGAGGGUGUUUGGUCCGGUGGCGUAAAGGCGGAGGUGAUCAAGUCGAGGCGGUGACGACGUGUGACGCGUCAAUGGAGCAGAUCACUCCACUUGUCGAGCCGCCUCCUUGAUGCGCUAGCCAGCUGGCCGGGCGGUUUCUAAGGUUGGGCCGAGGGCCUGUUUAAGUUUUUAUUUUGCCCCUGGGGUUGGGCUUGCGUUUGUUUUCUUUGUAAUCGGGCUUCGGCCUUGUAUGGGCUUGGCCCAAUCAUCUUAUAAUAUCAAAUCUUUGGCGGAAAAAAAAAAAAACACACCCUUUUGUUUUAUUUUUGACAACUUUGAUGCUUUUGUUUCACCCGACAAAUCGGCACCUUUUAGGGUUUUCAUUACCUGUUUCUUCCCCAAAGACACAUCCCUUUUUUUACCCCAUUAAUCUACUCUCUCCCAAUAUAAUAAGUGGAGUAAUAUUAAUAACUUUAAUUAUAAAUAAGCGAUGAGUACCUUUCUUGGAAUUAACGAAAACGCAUCAUUUUAAAACUCGACAAUGAAAAAGAAUUUUGGGGAAACAAGAGGAAACCAGUGGCUGUUUGAUUAUUCCUCUUAAGAUUUCUUUUGUCGACAGUAACUCUAGUAAUUAAUUAAUCAGAUCGCUUCUCUUUUCGCAUCCAAAUGGUGGUUUCUUAGUUGUCCAAGUAAGGAUUAUGAUACUACUAAUUAGUGGUAGAUAUAGUAGUUAGUUUAACUUUAGUUUGGUUGGAUAGGCUUUCGCGACGUAGAAGAGAGUUUGCAAUUCGGUCUUUUAUAUGACUAUACAACUAGUGAUAAAACUAUAUUACUUUAUUUUAUGAAUAGUUUAACAUUUAAUUUUUUUAUUUAUAUAUUUAUAUCUCUAUCUUUAAUUGGUAAGAUUAUGUGUCUUGGUUUCAUCUUAUUAUUAAUAAGAAGUUGCUAGAUCAACAAAACAUAGAAAUGUUUUCAAAUAGAUUUGUAAUAUGUGCUAAUCAAAACUGAAAUCAUCAGACGCAUGCCUUUUAACCUUGCUAAGAUGAUACUUUGCAUUGUCUUAAUUUAUAUCCAUAGCCCAUAGGUUUGGUGGUGUACAUUCUCCUCCAUUUAGUUUUUCAAAAUCGCCUAUGAAAGAACGCAAUGAAAUGCAUCAUAACAACCUCCAUACAUUAUACAGGUAUACACAUCAUGAGAAAUCAACUUGUGAUCGAAUGGUCUCUCUUUUUGUUAAUUAUUGGAGACAAUUGGAUAGCAAAAAGUGCAUCAUGCAAAUCAUGAUCGCAAAGUCCGUAUAAUCCAUGAAAAUUCUAGAGAAUAAAUGAGGAACAUAAUUCUAGGAAGGAGACGCAGGAGGAAUUUCACUUCCCUCUUGUCAAUUUGGCUUGCAUAAUCAAAUCUACUUUCGGGAAAAUUACUCUUAUUAACGCUUCUUUGUUUUUAUUCUUUUUGCCUUAGAAGCGUUGUUUAUAGGAAUGCAACUUUUGUAACCUCCUCUUUUCAUUUUUAAUGAUAUUAACAUUUUAGCAAAAAAAAAAUAAUAAUAAAUAAAUAAAUGAGAAGAUUUGGAAGAAAAAAGUCGGUAUUAUUCUUCAGUGUUAUUAAACGCGAGCAAACUAUUAUUAAUAAAUUAAUAAUCAUUAUUUAUGUUUUGUUAUAUCUUUGAUAUGUUAAUUACAUAUAACGAUGUAAGAACUUAACGAGUAUUAUAAAUAAUUUAUUUUUUGAAAAUGUAAAAUUGUGAAUAGAUACCAUUAAAGUAUGGUUCGGAAUUUAUAGAAGUAUGAAUGAAAAACAUCCAAAAAUAUAUGUACUCUAUACAUCAAUAUUAAUAUAUUAUUUUUAACGAAAACAUUUUGACUCUUGAUUAAGGAACUGUGUACUAAACAUAUAUUAAAGUCAACUCAGAAUGGUCAACUGCUUCAAAUUUCAUUUAGAGUUCUUUUUGGAGGCAUGAUGGAUUAAUGAUAGUUUUUUUCUAGUAUAUUUUGAUCGUUUGGAUUGACUAAAGGGCUCGUAAAAGCUACAAUGUUCCAUUCUAAUAGAAAACUUUAUCAAAAAGCCGAGGCAUAGACUUGUGCAAGAAAGAGGGCGGUCAUAUAUAUCUAAAAUAAUUAGAAAACAAAUUAAAAAGAGCAUGCGAAAGUGGAAUCUCUCAAAAGAUUGAAGAGACAGAUUAACAACUCUUUCGUGCUGAUUAUAUUAUUAAACCGGUUGAGUACAAUAUAAGAGCAACAUUAUCGACACUUCUUAGGCCCAUAUCUUAGUGUUUUCUGGUCGAAAAUUAAAUCAAAAACACUUAAAAAGAAUACAAACGGAUCUUAAUUAAGAAGUUUUAGGCUUGGUCCUUAAGUGCUAUGUGGCAGCAGGCGAUUGGGUGAGCAGAAUCCGGCGAAGCUCGUGGCGGAGACGAAGAGCACGAUGCUGAGGGAGACGCGAGAAGAUCCGCAGAAGGCGUCUUCUUCAACGUCACAGCAACCUUCCUCUGACAAGAAACCCGAAGAUGCUGAGAUCAAGCCCCAGGAUCCGGAUCAUGGUGUUUCUCCAAAGUAUCCGGGUUCGUAUCCGGGUCUUGUUCCCGGGUCGAAUCCUGGGCAGUACGAUGAACAGACGAACCGUGGAGCUGGUGUUUAUGCGGUUCUUGUACAUGUGGCUGGUCUUCCUUUAAACUAUCUCAUUCCUCUCACUUACCAUGUUCCCAUGACUAGACCAAGCAAAGAGACUGAGGCUGGGGGAGAGAACCAAGCGCAAGGUGGUCAAGUUCAGUAGCAGCAGCAACAACAUGCAGGUCAAAGGCAAGUGGUGGUACGGAGAUUUGAGAUUGCGUUUCAGCUUGACAUAUUGCUAAUACUCAAGCUUGCUGCUGUUAUCUAUUUGUUCAACCAAGAUGGAUCAAGACAACGGCUAGCUGUUCUUGUGAUUUUUGCCACCAUUAUCUACUUGUAAGCCUCCCCAUUGAUCCUUAACGUGUUGGUAAAUAUUUUGAAAUUGGGUGUUUGGAAACUUUUGACAGAUACCAAACUGGAGCCUUUGCAUCUUUUAUACCUAAGAACCUUCGAAAAGUUCCAUUGAUAAUGUUAUAUUUUACUUAAGUAUCUUAGAAAACUUCUUAGACUAAAAAUAAUAAUUAAAAAUUCUAAGAUGUUUGCUAAGAGUUGCCAUUGAUAAUGUUGCUCUAAGGCCAUUUCCACAAAUUUUAAGGUCUUUAAUUUUAUAACUAUGACGUGACUAAUUUAAAUCGGACAAUUUCAACCAAAUAGUUUAUAUAACUCUCACCUACCAUUACAAUCUUUCUUUUGAACAAUACCAUAAACACUUAUCAUCACCAUCAUAUAUUAAUAUAGAAAAUAUAAAAUACAUUUGGAUCUGAUAAGUGGAUGCAUAUAAUAAAUCAUAAAAAUGCAACUAAUACCCGAGUGGAUCGACUAAAAUAACCAAAUAAAAUGAAAAAGAAAAGAUACAAAAUGG